UCUGCAAAUAUUAAUAUGAUGCACAAUGUUGAACGAUCCACAUGUACUAAUUUUCUCCAUCAAAAUCGUCAACUUUCAAGCAUUUUGGAAGAAAAUGCUACAGUGGAUACAAAUAUAAUCCAAGAUAAUGAUUCCAAUUUUCCUGCGGGUACAAUUAUUACCCACGAUGGUACAAUUCUUUUACCAGACGAUAAUCAUGAAAUAUUCCAUAAACAAAUACCUCGAGACGAGAAUAUUGCUAACAAUGUCAUUGAAGUAUCCGCAAAAAGGAUUUACACAAAUCGAGAAGAAUAUACCGAGAUUAUGCUUAAAUUAGCAUCUCUUGAAAUGGAAGUCAAAACAGUGUCACGAACAAUGAGCAGGAUUGAAUAUCUACUUCAGCAAACAUUACCGGGCUACGGCCAAGAUGAGCAGACAGCCAAUGAGCGAUUUGGAACAAAAUUCCCAAUAAAAAAUAUCGAAGAUUUACAUGAUCUCGAACAGAAAUUGAAUGAUUCGGCAUUGUGCAAAGAUAUGAAACGGCUUAUCAGUCGACAAAUAAAUCCGGAGGAGACACUUUCCAAAAAUGUGACAGCAGUAAUGAAAAAGAUAUUGAGUCGAGACGUUGCAUUGCUUUUUACAGCUACCAGAAAGAUGGAAAAGAAAAUUGUAUUCAAGUUGAAUGUUCCGAAUAUCUGUAACUGUAUUGUAGAAACUUUAACAUCCCGGAUAAAUGCAGUCGAAUCGAAAGUCUAUGCCGCACUAGGAACAGUCUUUACCAAUUCAAAAGAUUGGGAAGGUUACAGAAUAAAUCGGACCAGAAAAGAGAAGAUUGACGAAAAAAGUGAUAUAAUUAUAUACGCUUAAGCGAAUAAGACAUUUUCUUCACAGUUUAAAAGUUUAUUGCAGUUAUAUAAUACCCAUAAUUUAUUACUUGUUACUCCACCAUAAUAUUCUUCAGUAUAUAUUGAUAAUAAACGUUAAUAACAUAAAUGAUAACUGUAU